AUGAAGAGGUUUCAUAUCAAUUUGGAUGAUUCUGCCUUUACAAAAGAGAGAGCACCACCAAAGCAGCUCUUUCAGCCAUCAACAGCUGGGGGACAAAGCAACACCAAAGCAAGUGAAUCUCCAGCAAAGGAGGACCAGCCUUUGUCAUAUGCGCAAUACAUUAUAGCGACUAAAGCUCAAAGUUCUCUUCAACGAGAUGGCACCUCUGAAAUGCUCCUCUCCGAAAAUUGUGGUGCGCCCAUCAUUGCCAGUGUGAAGCAAAGCGAGCCUGUAGAAGGAACGAGUAAAAGUGACGAGUUGACUGAAACAGAGGAGACUCGGGGGUCCGAUAUGGGUCAGAAAGAUUUAAACUGUCCAAGCCUUGGUCCGAAACCGGCAGGGUCUGGGAGCAGCAUUGUUGUCAGUCCAAGACAGAGGGGAAAUCCUAUCCUAAAGUUUGUGAGGAGCGUCCCAUGGGAGUUUGGAGAAGUUGUGCCUGACUAUGUCCUGGGCAAAACAACUUGUGCGCUCUUUCUCAGUCUGAGGUACCACAACCUGAAUCCAAACUAUAUUCAUGAUCGGCUACAGCAGCUUGGACAUAGCUUCACCCUUCGAGUUUUACUAGUUCAAGUGGAUGUGAAAGACCCCCAUCAUGCCUUGAAGGAGCUGGCUCGCAUCUGCAUCAUGGCUGACUGCACUCUUAUUUUGGCAUGGAGUCCAGAGGAGGCAGGACGUUACCUGGAAACAUACAAGUCAUACGAGAAGAAACCAGCAGAUCUUCUGAAGGAGCAAGUUGAAAAAAACUAUUUGUCAAAGGUGACAGACUGCCUGACCACUGUGAAGUCCAUAAACAAGACAGAUGCCAUGACAUUGCUGUCAACAUUUUCUUCUUUGGAAGGAAUCAUCAGCGCGUCUAAAGAAGACCUGGUUCUCUGUCCAGGUCUUGGUCCACAAAAGGCAAGACGUCUUUAUGAUGUGCUUCAUAAACCUUUCCUGAAAUCCAAGACAAAAUGUGACAGUUGA